AUGCGAGCUUGCAAUUUCGUUAGUAUUGAGUUACCGCCUGCGGUUUACAAGAACAAUGAUUUAAUUGGGGUCGGCUCAGGCCCUGAUGGAGCUCCAACCCUUCCAUCCCUAUUUCUAACUGCAGCGGAAUUGGAAAUGUUUUCACAUGAGCCACCAGCACCUCAACGAGGUCUUGUUUUAACUCCAGAGGUGGGCUGUGAGUUGGAAGUAGAGACCUAUAAGCUACUCAAUCGAGGCGAAUGA